AUGUCCGUCGUCGAAUGGAAGCGGCUGGCGGAGCAAUCCCUUCAUGUGCUCAUACCACUUCACGGUGGGAAUGAACCGAUGUGGAACAACCCGACUGGGAACCAACUGGUUGGUUGCAGUCACAAGUUCCCAUUGCGAGGAGAUACAUCAGCCGUCCUCAUGAAUCUUGUGGAAAGCUGUUUGAUUUCACAGCUCGAGAGAGCCAGAACCAUGGCAUUUCAUCGCACUCGGCACGACCCUAGUCAGUAUCCAUCCGUGUCAUUGGUGGAUUUUCAGGCUCAAGAUCAGUUGCAUAGCUUCCUAUUUACCACUGGGGAUGUCAAGACUUCAGGAACUAUAUAUCCGGGACUCAAGCUCCUUGGUUUGUCACCCCUUCCAGCUGUGAAAGCUGCAAUUGACUCUGGGGUGAACUUUGACGAGACCAAGCGCUUCCAAAUUGUCCGUCGAUUGGCAUACGCGGCCGGCAUCACAAAAAUGGACAAUGCUAUGUUUGAUUUGGUUUGGGCACAACUGGUACAGCUGAUCAUUAUGCUCCUAUGGCCUGGAUGUGUUCGUCUCGUGCACGAUGAAAUCCAAAAUGAUCCUGGCGCCCGACAGAAUCUGCACGGAGUGCAAACCAUGCGGGAUGUCCCACCUCCAUCAUACCGCUCAGCACGUCCACAUGCAUGUGCAGUUUGCGAGGAGCAGAAUGAAAUCGUUCACACCAUUGUCCCCGGCCAAGUAGAGCAUGCAGCCAAGGGAUUGGGGAUUGCACACAAGGUGUAUGGUUUGGAAUGGCAUGUCGAGACUGACAAUGAUGAAACGUCUCACGAGAAAUCGUUUCAGCUUUUGCUAAAGGAACUUGCCAAGGCAGAAUCCAAGUAUAGCUUUGAACGAAAGAAGGCACCAUCACAAACUACAGACGACACAGCUCCCUAUGAGGGAAACAUCGUAGAUGGAAGCAAUGCUGGUCAAAUUUUGGUGGAUGGGUUGCUAUUCUUUGAUGCAUUGGAAGAAGAACCGAAAGGCUCGGCAUCCGUCAUUGGAGAGACACGACAACAUAAACUUAUUUCCACGGAAACCGAUGCCACACACACAUCUGGAGGCAAGGUUUCGUCUGACGAGGAUUCUGAAGACUUGCAGAUUUCGGAUGAAGGCAUUGUUGUUUUUGAUGAAGACUCUGACAAUGAGGAGACAACCUGCAUCAGUCCAUCAGCUGUUGUACAGGAGUCCACUGGAUACCAUGACAGAAUCUAUGUUCGGGAGUUAUUGGCUCCCAUUUGA